CCUUUUUUAACUUGCAUCCAUCUCAGCUUUUCCAUCAACAUCGGUCAUGAUGCUGAGAACAUCGGCAUGCACUUCAAUCCCCGUUUUGAUGCGAGCGGUGACACCAACACUAUUGUCUUUAACUCCAAGUCCGGGGGAGACUGGGGUGAAGAAUGCCGAGAGGAAACUUCCCUUUUGUGCGUGGGAGGAAUGCAAGUUUCACAUCAACCUCAGCAUGGAAAGUUUUUACAUCAAGCUGCCUGACGGCUCCAUGCUCGACUUCCCUAACCGUCUGGGUGACAUCAAGUACAAGUACUUCAGUAUCGGCGGUGAUGCAAGAAUCGUGGGCAUCAAGAUUAAGUAGAGGUUCACCUCUCUGUUACCCUUGAUGCUUGACCUGUCCACAUUUUCUGUUGCUGAUCUAGUCCUUUAUAUCAAAAUUAGCCCUAAAGAUAACCACAGAAAUGUAACAUGGAUUACUGAUAUUGUAUCAACAGCGAAUGGCCUGAAGAGGGAGUCAAAGCACAUUUUAUCUCAGUGUAUCUACUUUAAAUCACAUCAGUCUCUGGGUUUGUUAAUAAAUUCUGUGAAAAUACAA